AUGCUGCCUAAAAGACAAAAUGAGUCAUCUACUACUGAGCAGCAUAGCUUUGACGAGGCUCGAUGGGUCAUCAAUGUUCGAAAAUCUCUCGAUGCAGAGCUUGAAGAACACGAUCUCGAAGAAGUCACAAUUUGCAUUUUCACUGUCCCUAAAGCAUUGAUGUGUAGCCACCGAGAUUCAUACACACCUCACCGAGUUUCGAUCGGACCUUAUCACUGUCUUAAACCGGAGCUUCACGAGAUGGAGAGGUAUAAACUAAUGAUCGCGAGAAAAUUUCGAAAUCAAUCUAAAUCUUUCAGGUUUCAUGAUCUUGUCGAGAAGUUGCAAUCCAUGGAGAUUAAGAUUCGAGCCUGCUAUCACAAGUAUAUCGGGUUUAACGACGAGACUCUGUUGUGGAUAAUGGCGGUAGAUUCGUCGUUCCUGAUCGAGUUUCUUAAGAUUUACAGUUUCAGAAAGGUGGAGACUUUGAUUAACAGAGUCGGGCAUAACGAGAUUCUUAGAGAUAUUAUGAUGAUCGAGAACCAAAUCCCGUUUUUCGUUUUGAGGAAAACACUCGAAUUUCAGCUUGAAUCGACGGAAUCAGCUGAUGGUCUGUUGGUCUCUGUUCUUACCGGAUUAUGCAGAGACCUCUCUCCUCUCGUUAUCAAAUUCGACGAUGAUGAGAUUUUGAAGGCACAUUUUCAUGACUAUAAUCAUAUUUUAGAUUUCUUGUAUCAGAUGAUCGUUCCAAGAAUCGAAGAAGAACAAGAGGCCGAAGAAGAAGAAGAAGAAGAAAACAGAGCAGGCGACAAUGGCGGAAACAGAGCAGUUAGGUUUCUGCAAGAGUUUAAGCUUCAGUUAAAUAGGGUUUUAGCAUCCAGACCUGCAGAUUUAAUCUUGAGACUUCCAUUGAGAAUCAUAUCAAACCUUCCAGGAUUCAUCGCUCUGAAAUUCUCGGCUGAUUAUCUUUUCACCAGACAAGAAAACGAAGCAACAACAACAACAGCAGGACAAGAAUCAUCAUCGGCUUCGAUUCCCAACAUCGAGAAGCCUCCUCUCGUUGAAGAGCUCACAAUCCCAUCAGUCUCCGAUCUCCACAAAGCCGGAGUUCGAUUCAAACCAACAACAAAUGGUAACAUUUCAACGGUAGCAUUCGAUUCAGACUCGGGUCAGUUUCACCUCCCUGUAAUAAACCUAGACAUCAACACAGAAACCGUUCUACGGAACCUCGUUGCUUACGAAGCUUCCAACACAUCAGGACCACUCGUGUUCACUCGUUACACAGAGCUGGUUAACGGAAUCAUCGACUCUGAAGAAGACGUUAGGUUGCUUAGAGAACAAGGCGUUCUUGUGAGCCGUCUCAAGAGUGAUCAAGAAGCUGCAGAGAUGUGGAAUGGUAUGAGCAAAUCCGUGAGGUUGACCAGAGUUGGGUUCUUGGAUAAGACUAUUGAGGAUGUUAACCGGUAUUAUACCGGAAGGUGGAAAGUGAAGAUUGGGAGAUUUGUGGAGGUUUAUCUUUAUGGUUCUUGGCAGAUUUUUGCGUUUUUUGCGGCUGCUUUGUUGUUGAUCUUGCUUUCGUUGCAAGUGCUAUCUUUGGUGUUUAGCUCAUUGAGGUUGCUUCGCCUGAGAACCGGUUAG